CAACCCUUUCUCAAAUUCCCGGCGCCGCUCCUCCGUCCACCUUCUCCGACACGACUCCGGCCAGCCACAAGCAAGCCACACACACAGACAAGCACACGCACCCUGCUACUCAUUCUCUCAGAUGAUGUUGAUCUCGAACGAGUUGCAAAAGAUACCCAUGGUUUUGUUGGUGCAGAUCUUGCCGCUCUCUCCACAGAGGCUGCGCUCCAGUGCAUCCGUGAAAAAAUGGACGUUAUUGACUUGGAAGACGAUACGAUUGAUGCUGAGGUGUUGAAUUCGAUGGCUGUGACGAAUGAACACUUCCAGACCGCACUGUCCUCUACAAAUCCUUCUGCCUUGCGCGAAAUUGUAAGUUUUAACUUUUUUUUUUUUUUUUUUUGAAGUUUUGGGGUAGCAAGCUUUACUUGUUUUUUUAGAAGUUGCUAUUCAGAGAGUUAGAAUAUCUUUGGACUUGAGAAUGAUAACUUGUUUUCUUGGUUUACAGGUUGUGGACGUACCUAAUGUUUCGUGGGAUGCCAUUGGCGGUUGGCGAACGUCAUAAGAGAACUUCUUACCAGAGUAUUCACACAAAAGAUACACGAUCUUAUCGGAAUCCACACCGAUGUUCCCGCACCAGAUAUGGGGACAGGUCCACAGACCAUGGCAUGGAUACUAGAUGAGUACUCAAAGUUUCAUGGCUACUCACCUGCAGUAGUGACUAGAAAGCCUAUUGAUCUUGGUGGAUCACUAGGAAAAGAUGCAGCAACGGGAAGAGGAGUACUUUUUGCAACAGAGGCAUUACUCAAUGAGUAUGGAAAGAGCAUCUCCGGACAACAGUUUGUUAUACAAGUGGACUUUUACUGAACACAAAAAGUUUAUAUGGUUGAGAUGUUUGAGAAAUUUGGGAUGUCACCUUCUAAAGGCGUUCUCUUUUAUGGACCACCUGGCUGUGGGAAAACCCUUCUCGCCAAGGCAAUUGCCAAUGAAUGCAGUACUCAUCAGUAUCCGGCGCAACAAUGCAGUACUCAUCAGGGUCUGUCGAAUAUUUGCUCGUUCUAUUUCAGUUUUUGUGAACCGUAUAAGCAAUUCUACUUUAGCACAUAACCUCAUUCUGCUAUUUGGUUCUACAAGCUUCUUCCUUUUCGUCAGCACUGGAACCACACCUCAUUCUGCUUCAAUCUUAGUAUGCCCAUAACCAGAUUUAAAAAAAAAAAAAAAAAAAAAAAAAAAAGUUAUUGGACCCGUGGACCCGUCCCGAACCGGCCCGUUUGAUACGGGCCGGGUUAGGUCCGGUUCCCAAACUUAAAAUCC